CUUGAUAACCAUACCGAACAGGCUCUUUCAGCUUGGUUUUUCAGAAUACGGGGUAACGUUGCAUUGCACGGAUGAAUUGGUUCCCAACCCAGACCCGCGCCCACCGCAGUCAGCAUCCAUCCGUCGGAGGUGACUGGUGAGGGUGAGGAGAUGGUUCUGGUGGUGAACGGCGGCGGCGGGGGCGGGGAUCAGCACCAGAUGUUGGUGCUGAAGGCGCAUGCCACGAUGGCGGUCGUCCAGGUCAUCAGCGCCGGCUACCACGUCAUCGCCAAGCUCGCCCUCAACGUCGGCAUGAACCAAGUCGUCUUCUGCAUCUUCCGCGACCUCAUCGCCCUCUCCAUCCUCGCCCCCAUCGCCUUCUUCCGGGAGAGAAAUGUCCGACUUCCACUAACUCGACGCCUCCUUGUGUCAUUUUUCAUUCUUGGGCUAACCGGGAUUUUUGGCAAUCAGCUGUUAUUCCUAGUUGGUCUUAGCUACACAAAUCCAACUUAUGCUGCAGCUAUUCAACCUUCAAUACCUGUGUUCACCUUCCUCUUGGCUGCAAUUACAGGUGCGGAAACUGUGACCUUAAUUACAUCUGAGGGCCGAGCUAAGAUUGCUGGUACAUUUAUAUGUGUUUCGGGUGCUGUACUAAUGGUGUUGUAUAGAGGCCCAGCUAUAUUUGGUAAUAAUGAAUUUGACAUAGCAGCUCAAAAUGACAUAAGCGCAAAGGCUCAGCCUGAGCCAGCUGGAUGGUUAGCAUCUUGGUUUAUUGAUUUUGGACUUGAACAGUGGCAUAUUGGAGUUUUGUGCUUAAUAGGAAACUGUUUGUGCAUGGCUACUUAUCUUGCUUUACAGGCUCCAGUUUUGGCGAAGUACCCUUCCAGCUUGUCUUUGACAGCAUACUCGUACUUCUUUGGAGCUGUUUUAAUGGUUUUAUCAGGAUUCUUUGCAACUAAUGAUCAAGCAGAUUGGACUCUGACACGAUCUGAGACUAUUGCAGUCUUAUAUGCAGGAGUUGUCGCCUCUGCUCUUAACUAUUGGCUGUUGACAUGGUCAAAUAAGAUUCUAGGUCCUGCAUUGGUUGCUUUAUAUAAUCCACUUCAACCUGUGGUAUCUGCCUUCUUCUCAAGGAUUAUUCUUGGAAGCCCCAUUUACCUUGGAAGCAUUCUUGGGGGCCUUCUGAUUAUCUCUGGUCUUUAUCUUGUAACUUGGGCGCGUCAUAGAGAGCGGCACUCGGCCACUAUUGGGAUCUCAUUUGUCAAAUGCAUAACUGAACAGCCCGAUGUUGAUGCACCGGCAAAAAAGAGAGGAAACAUAUUCUCCGGCUCCUCAUCUGCAUUUCCUUGGCCGUGGGUUGAGCCCCACGAAUCAUGAUAUUUCAUUAUUAUUUUGGCCCCUUUUUUGAUUUAUAUAAUUAGAAUUUAGAGCUAGGGAGCAAGAGCUCGCGAGAGUGACAGUUUUAGGGAGAAUAGGGUAAUAUACUGCAGGUUCUUUGUAAGGAUGUUACAGCAAUCAAUUUUUUUCAACCUGAGGUUUUUGAAAAAUGUGCUUAUA